CUGAGGGAACAGCAGCGAGCGAUCACUCUCCGGGCUGGUUAUGACAGCAGGUAGACAGAUGUGAAGGAUGACUUCAUGCUCAGAGAUCUGUGGGUCGGAGUAUGGUGAGCAGGCUCAAGCCAGUGGGAACUACCAGCAGUAUGGGGUCCGCUCCUACCUACACCAGUUUUAUGAGGAGUGCACAGCUUCUAUCUGGGAACGUGAUGAAGAUUUUCAGAUUCAGAGAUCGCCUAGCAGGUGGAGCUCUUUACUCUGGAAGGUCUGUCUCGCGUUUGGCGCCCUGAUCUUGUUCACAGGCCUAAUCGUUGUUUUGGUGGGUUAUGCCACUCCGGCCAGGAUCGAGGCAUUUGGCGAGGAUGAUCUCCUUUUUGUUGACAGCCACGCUGUCAGUUUCAACCGCGCCCUGGAUGUCUGUAAACUGACUGGUGCUGUGCUGUUCUGCGUGGGAGGAACUUCCAUGGCUGUGGGCCUCCUGCUGUCUGCCUUUGCCAAAAGCUACUCCAAAGAAGAAUUGUAUCUGCAGCAGAAGUUUAAGGAGAGGCUGGCAGAUCUGCACGCCACAGUUGGUACCCCCAUAAUGAGAGCACCCACCCCCGGAGAGGGAAAGGUGCCAGUCACACUUUCCAAGGUCCAGAACAUCCAGCCAGCAACCACAAAGUCAGAAACCUGACGGAAGUCCAGAUGAGGGCAUAAAGUGAA